AUGAGCGCUCUUCCGCCGACAUUCCUUUACCCUUCUGCAGUCGAAGAGGCAAAUUCAAUCUCAUACAAUGCUAAGCGUGCUAAAAUAGCGCGUCAUUCACCAUGCUCUGCCAGUGGUUGCACUUGUCUUGGUUUGCACCCCCCUCCCGGGUGGCAAGCCAUGGCGGACGAUUCGGAAGAUGUUGGGAUUGUGUUGGAUAUGGCAGAGUUCUCCGAGGAACUUACAGACGAAGGUCACUUGAAAAUUUGUGACUGCGGACACUCAUUCGAGGAUCAUGGCUGCGACGAUUCCAUAGAUCUGGAGGAAUUUAAUCGAAGAGCUCGAGCCGCAGUCAGAAUCGAUGAGUUGUUAGAGAACAAAGGACAACUUCUAAAUUUCGAAUAUACCGACGAGGAUAUCUUAUCGUUACGAAAGUCAGUUAUCGGAAAUGAGGGUGCUAACUCGUAG